AACGAUUGUGGUUUCAAUUAAAAAAGACGCGGACUGCUACAGAGUGUUUAUGUUUGUACAUUAUCCGGGAACGCUCGCAGACGAUGCACGAUCGCAUCGUGAUAUGAGCUAUGAAACAGAAAGAAAGAGAGAGAUAGAGAGACCAGUCUACCAAAGACGCCGUUACCAACCCCCCAUUGAUCAAAUCAGAACAAAAGAAACAGCUUGCAAAGAACGUCCACUCUCCACAUCUCUCUCCCAUACGCCCAUUCUUCCCUCACGAGCAGCGGGCAAACUCCCUGGUCGUCAAUCCUCAAUGCUCAAUCCACUCCUCCAGUCCUGUCCCCAUCCCCUUCGUGUUCCCCCGCCACCCCGUUGACGCCCUCGGCAGUCCAGAUCCACCAUUCCCUUCAGCGCAACUAGCCCCUCAUAAACAGACCUACCCCUCAAGCGACCCAGAUCAACAAGAACAUGUUCCUCGACAAACGAUCGCUUGUCCUCCGCUCCACGCUUCCCACCCUGCGUCUCGCACGCCGACGAGCCCUUCAAGAUCCACCCCAACGACCCACCAUUUGCAGAAAACGAUGGGAAUCUCCUCUCCCUCAUCCGCCACAUCCUCGUCCUACGCCAGCGUUUCCCUCCUCUCGAAGAGAUGGACCU